GCUUGUAAGUUGCAAGCUGCUCUAGAAGAUACUGAUUAGUUAUAUACAAGUUUCGGUAAAGACAACAUUGUGUGUAUGUGUACGAACCGAAGAAGCAAAAACUAGUUACCAAGUACACUUUGUUAAAAUGGCGGACAUAAUUGAAAACUUUCCUUUUGAAAUCCGAGAUUUUGAGUCAAAAGAAUCGGAAAUAGUGGAAAAAUCAUUUAAUGGGUUUAUGAAUAAAUUCGUUCGCAUUGGCCCCAAGGGCUAUUCCGCGCCUAAGUUGUACUUGAAAUAUGCAGCCAGUAUCUACAACAUGCCUUUGCGGCCCAGGGACACUGUCGUGGCGACAUAUCAGCGAUCAGGUACUACAAUGACGCAAGAAUUAGUGUGGCUGAUAGCAAAGGAUUUUGAUUACGAAACGGCCAAGUCAACCGUUCUUAUACAGAGAUAUCAGUUUGUGGAAAUGCCAAUGUUCAUGGACAUUAAAGCAAUAGAAGCGAUUGGAAAACAAUAUACCGGUGAAAAAGCUGAAGAAAUUUCAAAAUUUUGUUCUACGUUUCAAAUGUUACCUGUUGAAAUUCUAGCCAAAACACCCGACCCACGCUUCAUCAAAACACAUUUGCCUCUGUCAUUUCUGCCUCCCUCCCUCCUAGAUACUACGAAAGUGGUGUAUGUGGCUCGAGACCCAAGAGACGUCGCUGUGUCGUCAUACCAUCACUCGAAAUUAUUUGUGCAAAUGGGGUACAAUUCAGAUUUUAAGCAUUUCUGGAGCUUGUUCACUGGUGGUUUAUUUACUUUCACCCCCUACUUUGAACAUGUUAAAGAGGCUUGGGAAAAGAGACACCAUCCGAAUUUAUUGUUUUUAUUUUAUGAAGAUCUAAGAAAGGAUCUUCCUGCAAAUAUACGUCGCAUAGCAAAAUUCCUUGGCAAAGAGCCAUCAGAGGAACAAAUUCUAGGUCUUUGUGAUCAUAUGAAGAUAGACAACUUCAAAAACAAUAAGGCAGUUAACUUAGAAGAUAUGCGAGUUUUGGGGUUACUUUCAGAAGGAGAGCAAUUCAUUAGGCGAGGUAAAUCGGGCGGUUGGCGCGAUUAUUUCGAUGAGGAAAUGACCAAACAAGCAGAGAGUUGGAUAAUCGAGAACCUGCGAAACACCGACCUGCGGUUCCCCAGCAUGCAGGACAUACAGAUCUAAUACAUUAUCUUACCCGGACUGCUGUAUAAUAUAAACGAAUAAAAUUAAAGUACAAUGUGAUUCUAAGAUAAAGUUUUCUUAUGUAAGCUCUUUUAUUUUAUGUAAAUUAAUGCCGAAUAAUAACUGCCUGGCUGACCGUGCUGCGGUACGACAUCGCCCUGAAGUAUCGGGUCGGAAUCCUGAGUCAGGCAAAGUGAGAUUGGAUUUUUCUCUCAAGUACCAACUUGAAGUCUGGAUUUAUCUGUCUAGGCUAGUCUCCUAUCCACCCAUCACGCGACAGAACACACGCGGCCAAAAGUGGAUUCUCUAAUUACCUCUGCCACAUUAAAUACGACAAUUAUACGGCAAGGCUACAUAAAAUCUAAGUCUGAGUUAAUAAAUCAAAUAAACAAGGGAGGAACUUAUAUUCGAUUUAUUCCCUAUUGAUGUAUUGACAGACUUUUCCAACCAUCGCGAAUUCAAAAAUCUAAUUGUCUUUAUUGUUUGUGUGUCGUAAGUCCUAAACUGAGAGCAUUUUCUCACGUUGCAGUUGCUGGGUACCCCUCAUUGGUAAAGUGUAGCAAUCAUUUAGAUACUUAUUUCAAAUGUAUAUUUUUGAUACGAUUGUAUAAUAUUAUGUUCUGCUAUCCGUGCGAAGCCGGGAUGGAUCGUAAGUAUAUAUUAAAUUGCCAAAACCUGUUAGAAAAUGCAAAGAUUUUAAUGAUUAUACAAAUAUAUUAUUUCGACUAUUGCAUAAUAAAUGUUAUUAUACUGAAAUCAUUAAUGAUGUUAAAUGUAUUAUGUAUUUAAUUUUACUCUUAAAUCUUAAAAAAAAUGUGCCAUUAUGGCUGUACUGAUAAUUAUAAAUGUGUAUCAUCAUAAUUCCACCUGUGUACCACUAAAAUACUAUAGUUUUUUGUUUAAAACAAAACCAAUAUAUUUAGAAUUCCUGAAGCUUUAUCGAAGUACGAUUACUUAAAAAUAUGUAAAGCAUCGAUAUGCUUUACAUAUUUUUAUUUUCCUUUUUCGUAUAUAAGUAAAACAGUAGCUAAAUUUCCUAAAGGUCAACUUUUGUUGUUAAUAAUGACAGCAUAGAACAUUGAAUGCAAACCUUCAGUUGUUAACGUGGUUAACGUGUCAUUAUUUAUAAAAAAAAAUGACCCGAAACGUAUCAUCCAGGACCAGUUUCAUCUAUCCGAGUGCCCCUUUUUAGUGACUUUUUUAUAACCCCAACUUAGUAUUGUUUUGUUUUUAUCGGGACUCGGCAAAGUGGCUUCACUGCACCUGAUGUUAAGAGAAGUGAAGCUCAAAGAAAGAUGCACAUAGAAUGUUUAGCAUAUUACUCGCGUGCCCGAAUUAUUUUGUCACGUGCCACCACUGGCACUCGUGCUACUGGUUCGCUAUCCCUGGCAUAGGAGUGAGUAUGUUGUGAGUUAGUUCUUUUAGUAACACAACACGAUCGUUUGAAUAGAACAAACCGAGCUGCUAACGAGUUGGUAACAACCGUACGAUGCUGUUUUAGUGUUUGCGUUUUGUUAAGUUUUCUAGAUAUAAUAUCAUAUGUUUAUAUGCAAUAAGCCACUGUUAUUUACUUGCAUUACUUAUUGUGUAAUAGUAACUUAUCUUAAUCGUGUGUCAAAAUUAUAUCUACACGAGGUAGUGUUGUUAAAAUUUACAACUAAAUUUAUUUAAUAAAUGUUAGUUUUCUUAAA